AUAAUUUUACACACAUGAUGAUGAAUCAUGAAGAAUUCUGCGGUUCUUUUAACGAUUCUUAUUUUUAUCAUUUCUUCUUUACAUUUAUUUAUUGUUCCAUAUACAAAAGUAGAAGAAUCAUUCGGCAUACAAGCUUGUCAUGAUUUUCUUUAUCUAUCAAAAUUAUCGCCAUGGCUAUCGAACGAUUCUGUGGCCAUUUGGGAUCAUGAAAAUUUUCCCGGUGUUGUACAUCGAACAUUUAUAACGAAUUUUAUUGUGGCCAUAUUGGCUAAACCAUUCUGUUGGUUACAAUCCGAAUCAUUGGAUAAAUUUCCAUCACAAAUUCUAUCACGUUUAUCAUUAUUGUUUUGUUUUACAUUUGCAUUCGGAAGAUUUAUUCAUUCAAUACAAGCUAGUCAUCGUAAUGGAUCAUCGAUUGCCAUUUGGUUGACAUUGAUAACAAUCACACAAUUUCAUUUAAUUUUCUAUGCAUCACGUCCAUUACCGAAUACAUAUGCAUUGAUAUUCAUGUUAUUCGCUUAUGAUUAUUGGAACCGUAACCAAUGGUCAAUGUUUAUAUUUUUAUUUGCUUUCACAGUGAUUGUCAUACGUUUUGAAACUAUUAUAUUGUUUUCAGCAAUCUGUUUGAUUGAAUGUUUCUAUACACAAAGAUUAUCAUUGAUCAAUGUUUUUGUUUAUGGAAUUCCAAGUGGUAUUUUUUCAUUAUCAUUAACCAUAUUGUUUGAUUCAUUCAUGUGGAACAAAUGGAUUUGGCCCGAAGGCGAUACAAUAUGGUUCAAUAUUGUUGAAAAUAAAUCUCAUCUUUGGGGUGUUCAACCAUUUUAUUGGUAUUUUAUCAAUGUUUUGCCAAACAUAUUUUUCACAACAAUUUUAUUGUUACCAUUUGCCUGUUUUUGGUGGUCACGAUUCGGUCAUCCAUAUACAUUUGUAUCCAUUUUGUUCAUAUUUCUUUAUUCAUUUCUACCACAUAAAGAACUACGAUUCAUCAUCUAUGCUGUGCCUUUAUUGAAUACAACAUUUGCUCAUAUCAUCGUCACAAUGAUGGAUCUCAUUGCUCAAUUUCAACGUUAUGUGUUCGAAUUGAUGAUGAAAAUGUCAAAACAAACUACAAUGAAAACCAUAAUAUUGACCAAUUCAAUAUCGAUUUAUUUCAUCAAACGUUUGAAACAAUUUUUUCUCUAUGGUCUUAUCGUUAAUCUAUUACUAAAUCUAACACUGACAAUUAUCAAAUUAUACAUUUCAAGCUAUAAUUAUCCUGGUGGUUAUGCAAUCCAAAUUGUUAAUGACGAUAUCCGAAAAAAUAAUUGGCAAUCAAAAUCUGAAACUUCUAGAAUAGGUGUCUAUGUUUGUGAUUUGGCCGCUCAAUCCGGUAUGACAAGAUUUCUUCAGCUAGAAAAUGUCUAUUAUAACAAAGAACCAAAAUUCAAUGUCGAAGAUUUUUUACAACAUGAUUGGAUUUAUUUUGUCAUCGAACCAAAAGAUCGUCAUGAAUAUUUUGAUCAAUGUACAGAUGAUGAAUCUGUAAAUUGUCAAAUUGUUCACCGACAAAUACAUUCACCGACAUUAAUGGACAUUCAAUUCAAUUGUACAUUGCAACAAUCUGUAUUGACAUUAGAUAAAUCAAGUUUAACUAAAUUUCAAAUCGCCAUUGAAAUUCAUAAAUGUCAAUACAUAUCUAUUACGGCUAACGAAUCGAUCGAAUUCGAUCAUAAUCAUCAUCCAUCAUAUUGAUCAAAAAAUAAAAAUCGAAUUCAAAAAAAACGAAAGAAAGAACCAAUAUCGCCAUCUGUUUGCAGAGA